AUAUGAUUGGUUGCUGUUAAGGGAAGUCCGAGUCACUCAUUCUUUUUGCCGCGAAAGUAAAGUACCUGUUUUCUUGUUCUGUGUGCCGUACUGUUGCUUAAGCUGGUUAUUUGAUUUAUAUAUUUUUUAUUACAAAGUUUUAUUAAAAAUGUCUGGUUUUGAUGAUCCCGGUAUCUACUAUAGCGAUAGUUUUGGUGGGGACCAGCCUGCUGAUGAAGGGCAGUUAAAGAAAACUCAAAUCAAGAAAAGACUCAAAGAAUUUUUGCGUCAGUACAGAGUUGGCACAGAUCGGACGGGUUUUACAUUCAAAUACAGGGAUGAGUUGAAGCGGCACUACAACCUUGGAGAAUACUGGAUUGAGGUAGAGAUGGAAGACUUAGCCAGUUUUGACGAAGAUAUGGCUGAUUGCUUAUAUAAACAACCUUCGGAGCACUUGCCACUGCUUGAAGAAGCUGCCCAAGAAGUUGCAGAUGAAGUGACCCGUCCUCGUCCUGCUGGAGAAGAGACUGUUCAGAAUAUUCAGGUUAUGCUUCGAUCAGAUGCCAACCCUUCUAGCAUUCGAAAUCUUAAGUCUGACCAGAUGUCAAGAUUGGUUAAGAUUCCUGGCAUAAUCAUUGCAGCUACUGCUGUUCGAGCCAAAGCCACUAAAAUUGCCAUUCAGUGUCGAAGCUGUCGCAAUACCAUAAACAACAUUGCUGUUCGACCAGGGCUGGAAGGCUAUGCCCUUCCCAGGAAAUGCAACAUAGAGCAAGCUGGUCGGCCCAAGUGCCCAGUGGAUCCCUACUUUAUUCUCCCUGAUAAGUGUAAGUGUGUGGACUUCCAAACCCUCAAGUUACAGGAAUCUCCUGAUGCUGUCCCUCAUGGCGAACUGCCCAGACACAUGCAGCUAUACUGUGACAGGUAUCUAUGUGAUAAAGUGGUACCUGGAAACAGAGUCACAGUUAUGGGCAUCUAUUCCAUCAAGAAAGCUGGCAAGACUAGUGCAAAAGGUCGAGACCGUGUUGGUGUAGGGAUCCGCACCUCCUACAUCAGGGUAGUAGGCAUUCAGGUUGACACUGAGGGAACAGGGCGGAGUUUUGCUGGGACUGUCUCCCCACAGGAAGAAGAGGAAUUUCGACGCCUAGCUGCCAUGCCAAAUAUUUAUGAGACGAUUGCCAAAAGUAUUGCACCCUCUAUUUAUGGCAGUACUGACAUCAAGAAGGCGAUUUCCUGCUUACUCUUCGGUGGCUCCAGAAAGAGACUACCUGACGGGCUGACAAGGAGAGGAGACGUCAACCUGCUGAUGCUGGGAGAUCCUGGUACAGCAAAGUCUCAACUACUGAAGUUUGUUGAGCGGUGCUCUCCGAUUGGGGUGUAUACAUCUGGCAAAGGAAGCAGUGCAGCAGGUCUGACUGCCUCUGUGAUGAGAGACCCUGUAUCGAGGAACUUUGUUAUGGAAGGUGGAGCCAUGGUCCUGGCUGAUGGAGGUGUGGUCUGCAUUGACGAGUUUGACAAGAUGCGUGAAGAUGACAGAGUUGCAAUCCAUGAAGCCAUGGAACAGCAGACCAUCUCCAUAGCAAAGGAUAUUAAUUAUUUGGACAUUUUGGUUAUUAAAGAUGAGAUGAAUUUGAGAUACAAGAGUGUUAUUUACCGAAAGCCCACUUACUCCAAUGCAUUCUUGCAUUUCACUAGCUGUCAUCCUAAUUAUCAAAAGAAAGCAGUAGUGAAGGACCAUAUGGUAAGGGCGGCCAGAAUGGUGUCCGAUUUUGAAGAUUUUUUGCUUGAAUGUGAACAGCUGAGUCAAAUGUUUGUGAAUAGAGGUUACCUUUCCUCACUGUUUGAUAUUAGAACAGAAGUAACAAACAAAAGAAGAUCAGGGUUCUAUAAACCAAUCCUUUCUUUUUAUGGCACCAUUUCUGAAACCUCCCCUACUUACGAAUUUAGAUCCGAUGAUGACACCACCAACCAGUCCCCUCUUGGAAUUAGGAUUUUUGCACCUUUUCUGUGGAUCACUAUGAGAUCAGGAAGGUGCUUAAUAAAUAUUGGGCUUUGA